AUGAAGAAGACCCGCAGCACGACCCUGCGGCGCGCCUGGCCCAGCGCGGACUUCUCGGACCGGGCGGCCUCGGAGCGCGUGCGCUCCCGCAGCGAGAAGGACUACCGGCUGCAGCACAAGCGCUUCCCCGCGGCCUUCGCGCCCCCGGCCGCGCGCGGCUACAUGACAUCAGGUGAUGUGUCGCCCAUCAGUAUGUCCCCCAUCAGUCAGUCUCAGUUCAUUCCACUCGGGGAGAUCCUCUGCUUGGCCAUCUCGGCGAUGAACUCGGCACGGAAGCCCGUCACCCAGGAAGCCCUGAUGGAGCACCUGACCACGUGCUUCCCAGGUGUUCCCACCCCCAGCCAAGAGAUUCUACGGCACACCCUGAACACGCUGGUGCGGGAGCGGAAGAUCUACCCGACGCCCGAUGGCUACUUCAUCGUGACUCCACAGACGUACUUCAUCACCCCUUCCCUCAUAAGAACUAGCAGCAAGUGGUACCACUUGGACGAGAGGCUCCCCGACCGGUCCCAGUGCACCUCCCCCCAGCCCGGCACCAUCACGCCCUCGGCCUCGGGCUGCGGCCGGGAGAGGACACUGCCCAGAAACCACUGCGACUCUUGCCACUGCUGCCGGGAGGACAUGCACAGCAUGCACGCGUCCACCCUGCAGCGGAAGCCCGCCAAGGACUGCAAGGACCCCUACUGCCCGCCCCCGCUCUGCCCGGCGCCCCCCGCGGAGAAGAGCAAGAGCACCGUCAGCUUCUCCUGCAAGGCGGAGACACUCUCCAAGCCCAAGGACGGCGAGAAGCCGUCCAAGAGGUUCGGGCUCAAGCUCUUCCGGCUGAGCUUCAAGAAGGACAAGACCAAGCAGCUGGCCAACUUCUCCGCCCAGUUCCCCCCCGAGGAGUGGCCGCUGCGGGACGAGGACACGCCCACGACCAUCCCCCGGGAGGUGGAGAUGGAGAUCAUCCGGCGCAUCAACCCCGACCUCACGGUGGAGAACGUCAUGCGGCACACGGCGCUGAUGAAGAAGCUGGAGGAGGAGAAGGCGCACCGGAGCAAGGCGGGCUCCUCGGCCCACCACAGCGGCAGGAGCAAGAAGAGCAGGACCCACCGCAAGUCUCACGGCAAGUCGCGCUCCCACAGCAAGACGCGCGCGUCCAAGGGGGACCCGUCCGAGGGCUCCCACCUGGACGCGCCCGGGGAGCGGGGGGAGUACGGGUUCUGCGACCCCCUGAGCCGGGUGCCCCGGGAGGGCUGCUUCAUCAUCGAGCACAAGGGCGAGAACUUCAUCAUGCACAGCACCCCCAGCCUGCUGGAACCCCACUUCCCCAUGACGCCCGAGUGGGACGUGUCCGGGGAGCUGGCCAAACGGAGGACGGAGAUGCCCUUCCCCGAGCCCUCCCGGGGCAGCUCCCACUCCAAAGUGCACCGAAGCCACAGCCAUACCCAGGACCGGCGGUCCCGCAACGAGAGGCCCAGCAAAGCCAAGGAGAGGUCCAGGUCCAUGGACAAUUCCAAGGGCCCCCUGGGCACGUCCUCGCUGGGGACGCCCGAUGACCUGGCCGAGGGCUGCAGCCAGGGCGACCAAACCCCCGUCCAGGCGUCCUUCGUGGACGACGGCACUCUGAGGGCUGCCCAGGCGGCCGGCCACCAAAGGGCUCACCUUUUGUCCCCGAGCUACAAAGAGGCGUGCAUCCCCGAAAUAGUCGGCGGCGGCAAGGAGCCGUCCAGCAGCCUCCUGGAGCCAGGCAAGGCCCCCGAGAGUUUGCCGUCCUUCGGGGACCUCAAUCCCUGCCCCACGAAAGCGGCAACGGACGACUAUUUCCAGUGCAACACCUCCAGCGAGACGGUGCUCACGGCUCCCUCACCUCUGGGAAAGAAUAAGGAGGACCAUGACCCUCUGACCGUGGCCGAAGGGGUGAAAAAGCUGCCGCUGUCCGACAGGCAGACCCCGGUCUCCUCCAGGGAGCCCGGAGGACACAAGGAGGAGUCGCCCGCGGGGCUGGGCGGGGGCCCGGCCGCUCCGGGCUCGGCGGGGGCGGCGGACGGGCUGGCCAACGGACGCCUCGUGCAGCACCACGGCGCCGAGCCCAGCAGCCUGGACAAGAGGAAAGAGAUCUUCAGCAAAGACACCCUGUUCAAACCUCUGCACAGCACCCUGUCCGUCAACAGCUACCACAAAUCCAGCCUGUCCCUCCUCAAAGCGCACUCCAAGUCCCCCGUGGACACGCUGCCGGGCCGCUGCGAGAAGCUGGAGCCGGCCCUGGGCUCGGCGGCCGCCCAGGUCCUGCAGCGCCAGCAGGAGCCCGGGGGCACCCAGGAAGCCUCCUUUGACUAUUACAACGUCUCCGACGACGACGACUCCGAGGAGGGGGCGCACAAGACCGCCGAGGAGGAGAAGAACCGAGACGACGUGGGCACCAUGCAGUGGCUCCUGGAGCGGGAGAAGGAGCGGGACCUGCAGAGGAAAUUCGAGAAGAACCUCACCCUCCUCGCCCCCAAAGACACGGACAGCAGCGGCCACCAGAGGGCCACCCACUCGGCACGCCUGGACAGCAUGGACAGCAGCAGCAUCACUGUGGACAGUGGAUUCAACUCGCCACGCACCAGGGAGAGCCUGGCCUCCAACACGUCGAGCAUCGUGGAAAGUAACCGCCGCCAGAACCCUACCCUGAGCCCGGCCCACAGCGGGGCUGGCCCGGCCUUCAGCUUCCGAGCGAGCACGGACACCCCCACCAGCGAAGCUGAGAAGCUGCAGAAAGCUUCCAACUGCCUGCAAGCCUCGGUGACGAGCGUGUGA